UGUCCAGACAUGUCGGCCUUUUGACGCGGCCCAAGAAACAGCUAUCACUGUUUGGAAUCCUACCAAGGAAUGCCGGACGAAAAGGAAAACCAAACUACUUGCUUCUCUUUUUGGGCGAGACCCCGUUCGGACUAUCAUGACCAUAGUGAACGAUAAUGUCCGGUACGUAUGAAUCAAGUCACCCCCAAGGAACGGGGCCACAGUUAUGCCUGGAUUACACGGCGUAAUGCCGUGGAGCUCCGCGGCGGAAAAUUCUUUCCCAGUCGCUCGGGCGGAGUAUUUAUUUUCCUUUUCUCGAUUUGCUCAAUCACACAAUUCGCGAGUCACAAAGCUGUCGCAGACAUCCAUCAAGAAGCAGAAGGAUGGGGGCUGGGCUCUCUCGCGGACAACAUGGACCAUGUUUUGUCCUGUUCGUUCGGCCAGCCUCCCCAUCUCUCAACAAGACGCGCCUCCAAUUGA